UGUAAUAUUAAUAAGGAUAAUUAAGAAAAAAGGGUGGUAGAUAUUAUUUGAGCAAGUGCCACAUAGCAGAAAAGUAAAUUGAUUUGGAGAGUCGGCAGCAUCGCAGAUCCAUGGAAUAACUAUGAUGCAAUUGAUGAGUAGAGCACUCCCCUCUGCCAUGGCGACUCUUCCUCGUCCUGCCACGAGGAGGGCCAUAUGUGUAUGGCCAGGUAUGAGACAACUGUCCCUUAGAAAACAUCUUUUAUAUGGGUUUAUGAGCUUCUUCUCAAUACCAUUCAAAACUGUGCGUGGAGUAAGUCGAUCACUUGGAGUUUCUCAUUUUUGUAGUGUUGUCAACAUGUCUUCCAUGCAAGUUGAACUGGUGCCAUGUCUCAGAGACAAUUAUGCUUAUCUCUUACAUGAUUUGAACACGGGAACUGUUGGAGUAGUGGAUCCUUCUGAAGCUGUACCGGUCAUUGAUGCCUUGAGUAAGAAAAACCUCAAUUUAACCUACAUACUGAACACUCAUCAUCAUUAUGAUCACACUGGUGGAAAUAUGGAGUUGAAAGAAAGAUAUGGCGCCAAGGUAAUUGGCUCUGGAGUGGACAUUGAUAGAAUUCCUGGUAUUGAUAUAGCCUUGAAUGACGGGGACAGUUGGAUGUUCGGAGGCCAUGAGGUGCUUGUAAUUGGAACUCCUGGUCAUACCAGAGGACACAUUAGCUUCUACUUUCCGGGAUUCGGAUCAGUUUUUACUGGAGACACUUUAUUCAGCUUAUCAUGCGGGAAACUUUUUGAGGGAACCCCUGAGCAGAUGUAUGCCUCGCUUAAAAGAAUAACUUCCUUGCCUGAUGAAACAAAUGUAUAUUGCGGUCAUGAAUAUACAUUGAGUAAUUCAAAGUUUGCAUUGUCUAUAGAACCUGGAAAUGAAAUGCUGCAGUCAUAUUCCUCCCACAUAGCUCAUCUUUGCUCUAAGGGUGUACCUACGAUUCCAACAACGUUGAAGAUGGAGAAGGCAUGUAAUCCAUUCCUCCGCACUGCAAGUACAGAAAUCAGGCGGUCACUAAAUAUACCUGCUACAGCAAGUGAUGAAGAAACCUUGGGCGCUAUUCGACGAGCAAAGGAUGAUUUCUAGCUUUCUUGGGGUUCUUUUCUACACCUUUCUUGUGCAUACAAUAUUUGUUUUGGGGUGCAUAAUCUUUUGAAUUGCCCAUCAAUAGUUAUGUAUAUUGGGCUGCUCUAAUAUUCCUUUAGAUACUUUUCUAUUUUCAUACUCCUUUUGUGGGCAUUGUAUAACAGUAACAAUGUGCUGAUCUUGCUGUAAGAUGUUAAUUUGCUAGAUAGAAUUGCUAUGUUAAUAAUUUGGUGAAAGGUUCAUCGGAAAAACUUUUAAAUAUAACAAUCAUUUUAUUA